AUGGAUCAAUUAACACCUUUAAAUUCACCUGUAACUGUGUCUCGCUCGGGUUCACUGAACCAACUGUUUGGUGUUGGUGGAAGAAGACGUCGAUCCAACACAUUGGAUAGUCAGUCCAGUAUUCCUUCUAUUGAAGUACCCAAGAAGCCUCUAUCAAGACAAAGAUCAAUUUCGGAACUGGUCAGUCGAGUCAAAUCUUCGCUUAGGUCCGCUAGUAGUUCCUCUUCUGGUGUGUCACCUUCUAAAAAGAAGAAACAAACGUUUGGGUAUUCAUCUGCCGCUGAAGAUUAUGACAUUAUUCGCACCAUCGGUUCCGGUGCAACGGCAUCUGUUUAUUCGGCUCUCUAUAAACCUACAAAUUCAGUGAUUGCUAUCAAGACUGUCAACUUGGAAGAAGUAGGGCUGGAUGAUGCGAGAUUAGAAGCUUUACGAAAGGAAAUUCAAAUCAUGACGUUGUCUCGACAUGUCAAUUUAUUAGAAGUCUAUCAAAGUUUUGUUCAUUGCUCCAAGUUGUAUAUAGUGACACCUGUAAUGUCUGCGGGUUCUUGUCAAGAUUUACUUUCAAGGUGUCAUAAACUUGGGUUUGAAGAACCCAUUGUUGCAUGUAUAAUGAAACAGGUGGCACAGGGGUUAGAAUACCUUCACCAAAAUGAAUUGGUGCAUCGUGAUAUCAAAUCGGCCAAUAUGUUGCUUGAUUUUGAUACGGGGAUUGUGAAACUAGCAGAUUUCGGUGUCAGCAACCAUUUAUUAACCAACCUUAAUGACUUGCCAAAGAAUACGACUUAUCUCCGUAUGGAUGCCGCUAUAGAAUCACUGAAACCCGUGACCCCCAAAAAGGCUCGGCGGUCUUUUGUAGGUACGCCUUGUUGGAUGGCUCCCGAGAUCUUGUUGAAUCAGGACUAUGACACCAAAGUGGAUCUUUGGUCUCUUGGCAUUACUUGUAUUGAAUUGGCCUGUGGUAAACCACCUUUUGCAGAAUAUGAUCCUAUGACUGUAAGUAUCUGA